AUGGGCGAUCUCCAGGGACGCAAAGUCUUCAAGGUCUUUAAUCAAGAUUUCAUUGUCGACGAACGCUACACUGUGACCAAGGAAGUCGGGCAAGGUGCCUACGGUAUCGUCUGUGCGGCCGUCAACAACCAAACUUCCGAGGGUGUCGCUAUCAAAAAAGUCACCAAUGUCUUUUCCAAAAAGAUUCUUGCCAAGCGAGCGCUGCGGGAGAUAAAGCUGCUCCAGCACUUUCGCGGCCACCGUAAUAUUACUUGCCUCUACGACAUGGACAUUCCUCGGCCGAAUGACUUCAACGAAACAUAUCUAUACGAAGAGCUCAUGGAGUGCGACCUGGCUGCCAUUAUUCGCUCGGGACAGCCCUUGACCGACGCACACUUUCAAUCCUUCAUCUACCAGAUUCUUUGCGGUCUCAAGUACAUUCACUCGGCCAAUGUGCUGCAUCGUGACUUGAAACCGGGCAACCUACUUGUCAACGCCGACUGCGAACUCAAGAUUUGUGACUUUGGUCUUGCUCGCGGCUUCUCUGUUGACCCCCAGGAAAAUGCCGGAUAUAUGACAGAAUACGUUGCCACCCGAUGGUACCGCGCGCCCGAGAUUAUGCUGAGCUUCCAGAGCUACACCAAAGCUAUUGAUGUGUGGUCUGUGGGCUGCAUUCUCGCCGAGCUCCUCGGUGGCCGCCCUUUCUUCAAGGGUCGCGACUAUGUUGACCAGCUUAACCAAAUUCUUCACAUCCUCGGCACCCCCAAUGAGGAGACACUUUCCCGCAUUGGCUCACCCCGUGCCCAGGAAUACGUCCGCAACCUACCUUUCAUGCCCAAGAGGUCCUUCCCUAGCCUGUUUCCCAAUGCCAACCCCGACGCGUUGGAUCUACUCGACAAGAUGCUGGCCUUUGACCCAUCGUCGCGCAUCAGCGUCGAGGAAGCCCUGGAGCACCCUUACCUGCACAUCUGGCACGACGCCUCUGAUGAGCCCGACUGCCCCACAACCUUCAACUUUGACUUUGAGGUUGUUGAGGAGGUGCCCGAGAUGCGUCGCAUGAUUCUCGACGAGGUGAUGCGCUUCCGCCAGAUGGUACGCACCGUGCCCACUUCGGGCCCUGCCCUCGCCCAGAUGCAACAGCAGCAGCAGAGCCAGGUGCCCAUGCCCCAGGGCUCGACGCAGUGGAAAUCGGAGGAUCCUCGUCCUCAGGAAUACUUGGGCGGCGCCAACGGUCUCGAGCAGGACUUGGCCGGUGGUCUGGACGCCAGCAUGAGAUAG